AGUGGGCAGGAAGGAGAUUCCUCACAUGAUCCAGCUUAAGCCUUCUUUUGUCCCUUUGCAGCUAUAGGCUGUAGCAGGAGCUUACCAGAAAUGCAGACAAAAGGAGGUAUGAGAUGGGCCAGAAAAGCCCUGCUCCUUGGCUUCCUCUGUGCCAUGACACACCUGCCUCACCCCAGCACCUCCCAGUCCCAGCGUUUGCCAAGGGCCACAGGAAAUAGCACCCAAUGUGUUCCCUCUCCAUCAUCGGAGUUUCCCGAAGGCUUUUUCACCAAACAGGAGCGUGCAGAGGGAGGCAUCGUUAUCUACUUCCUCAUUAUCUUUUACAUGUUCAUGGCCGUGUCCACUGUCUGUGACGACUACUUCCUACCCUCCCUGGAGAUCAUCAGUGAGACCCUCGGAUUGUCUCAGGAUGUUGCUGGUGCAACCUUUAUGGCUGCAGGGAGUUCAGCUCCUGAAUUAGUUACAGCUUUCCUAGGUGUAUUUGUCACAAAGGGAGAUAUUGGCAUUAGCACCAUUCUUGGAUCUGCGAUUUAUAACCUCCUUGGCAUCUGUGCAGCCUGUGGCUUACUAUCUAACAUGGUUUCAACACUAUCGUGCUGGCCCCUUUUCAGAGACUGUGUGGCUUAUGCAAUUAGUGUAGCAGCCGUUCUUGGUAUAAUAUUUGACAACCAAGUUUACUGGUAUGAAGGAACUUUACUGCUUUUGAUAUAUGGACUCUAUGUGUUGGUACUGUGUUUUGACAUAAAAAUUAACCAGUAUAUUAUAAAGAAAUGCAGUGCUUGCUGCACCUGUCUUGCUAAAGCGCUUGAGGAGAGAUAUGAACAGCAGCCACUAAUGGGAUGGGAAGAUGAGAGGCAACCAUACAUCCGUCGGCCAUCAAGAACCGACAGCGGAAUAUUUCAUGAAGACUCAGGCUACUCCCAGCUUUCUAUAAGUUUACACAGUCUUGGUCGUGUUUCUGAAGAUCCACCAAGUGUUUUCAGCAUGCCUGAAGCAGACUUAAAAAGAGUAUUUUGGGUAUUAUCCCUUCCUAUUAUUACAUUACUAUUUCUAACCACACCAGACUGUAGAAGAAAGUUUUGGAAAAAUUAUUUCAUAAUAACAUUUUUCAUGUCUGCACUAUGGAUAUCUGCAUUCACCUAUGUCCUGGUUUGGAUGGUCACGAUAACUGGUGAAACAUUGGGAAUUCCAGAUACAGUAAUGGGCCUUACUUUGUUAGCAGCAGGGACGAGCAUACCAGACACAAUUGCAAGUGUAUUGGUUGCAAGAAAAGGCAAAGGAGAUAUGGCCAUGGCUAAUAUCGUGGGAUCCAAUGUUUUUGAUAUGCUGUGCCUUGGGAUCCCGUGGUUUAUUAAAACUACAUUUCUAGAUGCAUCUGCUCCUGUAGAAGUAAACAGCAGAGGCCUAACCUACAUAGCCAUCUUACUCGACAUUUCAAUAAUUCUUCUCUUUUUAGCAAUUCACUUAAAUGGCUGGAAACUGGACAGGAAACUGGGAAUAAUCUGCCUAUUAUUAUACUUGGGACUAGCUUCAUUAUCAAUUCUCUAUGAGCUUGGAAUUAUUGGAAACAAUGAAAUAAAGGGUUGUGGAGAUUAAAAUUAAAAUGUCAUGUGGAAAACAUGGAUGGAUGAUGGGUAAAGGUAGGAAGGGAAAACUGUGUUUUCUUCAUUUAAGUCAAU